AUGCCUGAUAAACCACUCGUGCAACAGAAUGCACAUCAUCAUCAUCAUGUUCACGACACAACUUCUCAUAAAAUUCCCAAGAAGGUUCAUGCGUCACAUCUGGCAGAGAAACCAAAAUUGAAAACCUCUUCUGAAUACAUUCCUGUUCAGUUGGAAGAUAUCAUUGAAGCACCUGGCCCAUUGACCACUUCCGAUCCAUUCUUUGAUGUAUUCAAGAAGAUCACCAAGUUUUUCACACCUUAUGAAUGUUUCAAAUAUCAAUUCAGUUUGGUGAACUCUGCUGCAAGAGAAGCAGUUUUACAAAAUCACUUUCUUGGUAAUGAAAAGGUUGUUCAUACGUACUUAGUGAAUUGGAUCAAAGGUAAAAACAAGCAAGAUCAAACCAGAAAAGAACUUCCAGAAUUGAUUCAAAAGUACAACAUUUCUCUCUUCAUUCACUGCUCUCCAAUCUUGCAAGUGUUGGCUGCUCAACACGGCUGUGAAGGAAUUUUGUGGGAAGUGUUGAAACAUCCUUUCAUGACCUAUGCUGUCUUUAGAACUCUCAAUACGAGAGAUGUUGGUGAAAUUCUUCAAUUCACAGAUAUGAAAUUUUACAGUAUUUUCCAUCAUAUUGAUUUGUUCUCAAUUCUAUUGGGUGAAAUGAUUCAUUUGGAUUAUUUAAAUUCUGCAAACACCUUGUUCAGUGAUUAUUUACAGAGUCAUACAUGUCCUUUGGAUGCUAAAGAAAAGGUCUUGAAGAUGGACAAUAUGAUUGAGAUUGCAGUUGAGAAGGAUCUUCCAAAUGUGUUCUUCUAUGUGAUGGAGAAGAUUGUAGAAAUGAAGAGAUUGUACAUUGAGGAAAUGACCGAGUCGUUCAACAAAUUGUCUCUCGAGUUAAAUUCUAUUCCAAUUCGUGUGUUCGAAGAGACUGACAAGGAAGAAGCGACCUUGUUACCAAUUAUCGAUAAGGAAGAGCAAGAAAUGGAGCAAUCCGCUGAAAACCAACUGGUAGAGCGAUACUUCUACUCACGAUUCAAAUACUUCAUUUUGAAUUGCCCAAAUAUUUUCUUUGAGGGAUUUUUAGGCAUUCCUUCCAUGAAUCCUCAUACUUUGCAAGUUCUCAAAAGAUUAAUUGGUAAUUGUGAGACUCAAGAAGAUCGAGAGUAUCACAUGGUCAAGUUUGUGCUCACAUGUGUUAAAAACAGAGAUAAGGAAUUGCCUUACAUUCUCGACAGAAUUUCAGGAUAUGCAAUGAAAUUGUCAUACAAGACUCUGUGUGAUGUUUUUGGAGAUCGUGAUGUCAUUCAAUUGGGGCUAUUGAAAUCCAUGCAUAUUUUCAAUACUAUUGGGCAUUUGCUUGAAAGAGAGGAACAGGAAUCGAAGGGAGUGACGGUUGAUCGGAAAACAAACAUUUUCUCGAUUGACGACCUCAAGUUGAUAUUUGAGGAGAUGGAGAAGAGACAAAACUUCACAGCCUUAGACUCAAUCAGAAAUACUUUGUUGAGAUAUAGAGAGAAGGAUAUCUUGUAA